CUGAGACUUAAUCUUUUCAUAUAAUUUUCUAACUAAUUAUUCGGAAACGCGUGGUGUUUCAAGCAAGACCCAAACUGAUAAUAAAAUACGGACGAAGAUGACAAUUUUGAUUGCAAAGUUGCCAUUAUUUUACAGCAGCAGAUACCCAAUGCGGUAGAGGUAAUAUCGAGUGUUCAUCUCGAACAUCAGCGAUGAAUUUGGUGCAUCACACAUAUUUUUAGCAGUCAUGUGUGUCACGGAAGUGUGAAAAAUUGGCUGCUUCCUUAUUCGAAAGUAAUAAUAGAUCAAUCAUUUUUUUCCUUGUCCAGGCUAUUGUUAAGAGACUGUUUAACUACAAGUCGCCCAAAAUAGUUUUCCUUCGGUACAGGAGAAUGGAACGAGCAAUUACGCAAUUUCUUGAAAAGAGGAACUUGCUCGUCAUAGCGUGCUGGAAAUGCAAGAAUGCGUGAUGAAACGAAUGAGAUUACUGCAAAACUACCUGUUCGCUGGCUCAUAUCUUCUUGCUGACAAGGCAAUUAUGCUUGCUACGUUCUUCUGGAUGCGCUGGAGUCUAUCAUCAAGAUGCAAUUAACUGACAAUGUCUGAAAAAGAGUGUAUAUAUAAGAAUCCUCUGUUGCUUAGUAUCGACACAUCUUGAAUCCAUCGAUCGACGAGACAACAUGCCAUCCCAACUACACGGAAUUAUAAUAAUCGUCAUCUUCUCGACCCUUUCGAUCGUCCUGUCUCGUCAGCAAUUCAAUCUGCAACAACGGAUGGCAUUAUUGCCUUAUUGGUCGCCGAGGCUUCAGCCUACCUUUAAUAUUUACCAGCCCCAAGAAAAUAACGAAUUGAUGCACGAAUACGCUGACAUUCCGUUAGAAAGGCACGUACAAGGCAAUCAACGUUUUCUCUUUACUGCGACCUCUUUUUCUAAUCCAUUCUGGAGAACGAUUACGUUUACCAUAGCGUCAAUGGUGAACAUCACAAGUACUCAAAGUUGUAUUCCUUCGUCCCUAUUCGUUGCUGGCUCGAUCAACGUGUCUUGUCGUCGAAAGAAGCGUGGAUCAAUCAUCGAUUCCUCGGAUGUGCGCGAAGAGAAUUCUCAGUUCCCCGUCAAUCCUUCGAAACCGCAACAGUUGAUGUCAACGGCUAUCUCGUCUGUCGAACAAUUCACUCGAGAAAAUCGCCAAUUUCCGGUCAUCAUAGCUUCGUCUAAAGACGAAGUAACCUUGGAUGAAGUAUCGCUAGAACGAGAGCAGUGGAGAAAGUCAAAACGAUUUCUGAAUCAGUUCUUAGUAUCGCUAACUGUUUAUUCCUAUUCACUUUCGACUGUUGUGUCUACUAAAACUAUAACACCGGUCUUAGGUAACCUACAACUCUUGUGUCGGCCAAGUGGUUACAUUGUUUGCUGAUGCAGCCGCACUUACAUCUUAAUUGAUUGUUACAGCUUAUCGACUUGUUGAUGAAUUUAUUAAUCAUGUUAAUUGCGACUGACCCUACCACUGUUUAACAAUGUGCACAAUUCGUUAAAAUCUUAAAUGGCCUUUAUUUGCUUGGUUAGUACAUGACUAUUGUAGGUGCUGAUUAACGAA